CAUGACCCAGUUUGUGUCAUGCCUAAAUAAAGGUGACCGACUUGAUUCAAUAUAUAUUUCAGUAACUGUAUGCUCAUAUGUGUAUGACUGCAUGGACACUUGCUGACAUUAGGAAUAGGUAAAUCAGAACAAUCAAAGUAAAAUAUUUAAAACAGAGUUGUAUCGAUAAAGUCGACCCGGAUACUUCCAUGUACUCAGAAGCAUAAUUUACAAAGGAAUUCAACGCAAGAGCAAAAAGAUGAGGGACCGCCUGGAACAGCUGCGGAAAAACAUGGGAGAGUCAUCCAUUGGAACUAGCAUCCGACAAUCGUUUCGGAUGAGCACUAGAUCAGCUAUGAAAGGGACGCGCAUCGGCCAGUUUCUAAAGAAGGCUGAGAGUAUAAGGGGCACCAUAGAGGAGUUAAGUAAGUUGGUUGAAAAAGUCAAGAAAUGUCACAGUGACAUUUUGAUAGCUGUAACGGACAAAGACAGGCAUCGGGAACGUUUAGAAAAAAUAACAUUAGAAAUUCGUGAUGUGGAACGAAGGAUUCGCGCUGGACUGAAAGACAUUGACCCAUCAGGAGAGGAAGACAGAGAAACAUGCUCGAAUGCUGAGCUACGGAUGAGGAAAGCACAGUUAGAGGCUCUGACGCAUGACUUGGUGACUGUUCUGCAGGAGCACCAACAAGAACAAGCCAACUACAACGAAAAAUGCAAAGGCCAGAUCAUACGCCGCAUGAAAAUCAAACAACCCGAUUUAGACAUUGACGAGACAGAAAUAGACCGAAUCGUAGAGUCAAAUGAGCAGACAUCUAUUUUUACGGAUGACAUUUUGAUUAGUAUUAAAGAUGCCCAUGCUACACUGUCUGAUUUGAAAUCGAGGGAAAAGGAAAUGUUUGAAUUGGAGAAAAAGAUUGUCCAGGUGAAUGAAAUUUUCCGUGAUCUUAACCUGCUGGUGUGUGAGCAAGGUGAAAUGAUAGACCGCAUAGAAGAUAAUGUCACCAAUGCAGCAGAACAUGUCCACGAGGCAAACGUGCAACUGAAGAAAGCCGAGAAAGUAAAGAAGAAAUGGAUCAAAAGAAAGGCAUUUUGGAUUACAAUUGGUGUCGUGGUUGUCUUGAUUAUCAUAGCUAUCAUUGUUGGUAUUGCCAUGGCUUAAAGAAAUGUUUCUUUUGAGCAUACGAUUGGACAGUGUCAGCAGGUCUUUAUAUAUACCCACCAGUAAGAUUACCAGAUUGACAUGUACUGUAAACCAGGAAAUGAUUGUGGCUAUCAUUCUUCACGGUUUUGUGAAAUUGCAUCUUUGGCAUAUUUUUAAUUUAGCGUUUAGAAAAGACUGUAUCAAUAACUGAAUUAAUGUUUGUUUUACGCAGAUUUAGCUGAUUGCGAAAUAUGCAAAAUUAAAAUUCACCUAAAAAUUACUCGGUUUACAGUAUGUCUUAAAGUGAUGCAAUAAUGGUUGAGCCUCAGAGUAAAUAAAAGAUCAAACAAAAACAUAUCAGAACUGAAAUGAUAUAUUAUUGGAGAGUUAAUAGUCAGUUAACCCUUUCGCUGCCGAUAGAUUUCUUUGUUCUGCAACUGGCUGUGCCGAUUGAAUUUUCAAUAUUUUCCAAAUUUCGACCAUGGUUCUUAUGAACCUAAUUUAUGAGAAAUCCAUUGGAGACAGAGUAAAAUAAUGUAUAUAAAAAAUGUUCAGUAUGACCUACUCUUCAUUUUAAAAAUGUUAAAAAGUAGGUCAUGACCAAUUUGCAUGACGCCAUCUUGAAUAUAUAAUGAGAAAAAAAUGUUGGUCAAAUUCUAUUGUAUUGAAUAAAACUGUUAUGUAACAACCAAGAAUACAACUUUUUUACAUCAAUUCUAGUCCCUUGCAAUCUUCUAACACUAUCCAAACAUUUUAAAUGCCUUGAUAUUCUUUCAAAUAUGUGAUUUACUUGAUAUAAGUGUGUCGAAAAUGCAAAUCUUCACAUCGUGAAAUUUUUUCACCAUUUCAACCUCAAUUUACUCAAUAAAGUUGCAUUGUUCGAAAUACGGAAGUUAGUUUCAUUUUGAAGCGUGUUCACUUCUCUACCACGCCAUCUAUCGUAUUUUGCACAAACUCGAUCAGCAAGCUCAUAAUCGACGAUCUUCUGAGGUAGGGUAAAAUGUCGCACAGCGGCGACAUCGGCACAGCGAGUAGGGAUUAGCGUUGUGCCGAGCGGUGACAUCGGCAGUGAAAGGGUUAACUACAUAUAUUUUAUAAACUAUAAAUAAUCUAGGUCACAAAUCGAUCUAUAAUCUGAUUAUUUCUCUUUUUUGGAAAACAAUAUUUGUAAUCAGUUAUAGGAGAUUACAUAUGGCUUUCAUGUGAAAGAAAGUUUCAUACAAUUUUUAAAGCAAGCAAAGAAAACUUUAAAAAUAGAAUAUUGAUGUUUUUCUACAACUUUUGUUACUGUUUAAAAAGUACAAUUCAGUGAUUUCUGAAAGUUAAAGGUUGGGUUAAUUCUGAUAGAUUGUCCAAUGAAAAGUGCAUCCAUAGUGUACUCAUCUGAAAUGACCUGAUCAGGAGGCUCUAACAAUUGUUGGACAAAUUUGCUUUUGGAAAUGGAUGAUUUAUAGCUACAGUGCUGAUACACGAUAUACAAAACUGGACAUAAUGCGAUUGAGGCAAAUGUCAAUGUGUGCCCCUGCUCUGUGGGCACCAGAGAUUUUUAAAGUGUCAGUAUAUAGCACUUAAAAACUUUCGAAUUACAGUUUAGGCGAGACUUUUUUUAUUAGUUGGUGCUCGGAUUUUUGGAGGAAUGUAUUUUUGAGGAGGACGAAAAACAAAAACAAAAAAAAAUGUUUUUUUCCAAAGAUUUCAUGGUCUCGAAAAAAUGAUAGGAUUUCUCAAAGUCGGAGGGAAGGAUAAAAAUAAAAAAUUUUCCUAAAAAAAUGGCCAGGGCCAUUGUGCUCACCUCAUGUGGAGGAAAGAUGGAUAAAGAGCAUGGUAUUGUGUCAUGUAGUGUUAGGUUUGAUGUAGGUCCAAGCAAUUACAAUUUCCCCAAAAUGGCCAAU